UUCGCAAAUUCUCCAAUCCAGUCGGCUUUUCUCUCUGCAGCCGGAGAAGCAGAUCAGCAGGUCUCUGUUCCCUGAGCCACAGCAUUCCUGUGAGCAAUCCCGUCUGGUAAACAUUUUAGUUGUUUUUAUGUGAGCGGGGAAGUUGCUGCUGGGCACACGGAGAGUUUGGGAUGGAUGCUGCUGACAGAGACGGAGAGACGGUGAGCCGGCUGGAGAGGAGCAGCCACACGGCGUUCAUAGACAACAACACGAUGUAUGUCUGGGGAGGUUACCAGGUAGCUGCUGGAAUGGAUGUCAUGUUGCCCAGUGAUGAGAUAUGGCUCUGUGAUUUAGACAGCGGGACGUGGGAGCGGCAGGAGAUCACAGGAGACAUCCCCCCAGACUUAUCAGGUUUCUGUGGCUCUCAUGUUAACGGCACGCUCUUCAUCUUCGCAGGAUGCGGCCCCCUCGGUUGGACAAACCAAAUGUUCAGCCUUGACCUCACACAGCAGCACUGCUCGUGGAAGAAAGUGACCGACACAAAAGGAACUACGCCGUCACCACGAGAUAAACACUCCUGCUGGGUCCACAGAGACAGAUUAAUCUACUUUGGUGGAUAUGGAUGUAAGACCGUAGGGGAGGUACGAAACACAGGCUCAUCAAGCUUCGUCGUUGAAGAGAUGUCCUGGACAACAAUUGGAGACAUGUUAUUUAGGUUCUGGGGCUGGAACAACGAAGUCCAUGUUUUUGACAUACAUACUGCUACAUGGAGCACGCCAGAGACUCAGGGCCCUGCUCCUGCUCCCAGAGGCUGCCAUGCCAGCGCCCUUCUGGGGAACAAAGGUUACAUCUCUGGUGGCGGGGAGACUGCUGAGUUGGAUAUGUUCUGCUUAGACCUGGAAACCUGGACCUGGACUAAAUUUGACACCUCCCCAUCCUGUACACCUCUGGGGCGCUCUAUGCACACCAUGACGCCCAUAUCCGAUCACACACUCUUCAUAUACGGAGGUCUGGGCACAGAUGGAAACACUCUCAAUGACGCCUGGCAGUUUAACACACUCAAAAAACAGUGGACCAAGAUGAUGCACCCACACAAGGACAAGCCCAGGGUGUGUCACACCGCCUGCCUGGGAAGUGACAAUGACGUUGUUGUAUUCGGGGGAAGCAGCAACUUCUGCAUCCUCAUGGACUCGGUGGCUGUUCUAAGGGCUCCGUCGCAACGUCACUGCAGUGAUGUGUUCAUGUUUCAGACCCAGCCGUACUCCCUCUUCAGACUGUGUGAGGAUUUCAUAGGAGGAAACCCGGAGCUGUUUGGGGAGCAGCUGAACUGGCUGCCGUCGAAGCUGCGGAACAAAAUUGACAAGAGAGUGGCCUUUUUCUCUGCCGCGAAGACUGUUCUCACAGCUUAAAGAGGACUGAUUUUAGAGUGAUUCUGAGCCACUCGGUUAUUACAAAACUGUUUUCCGUUUUUUUUUUUGUUGUUUUUUUUGUGUCGGGAACAUGUUAUAUGUUUAAUAAGGAUUUAAAGAAAACAUGGUGCUAAAGCUUAAUUGUUUUAACUUAAGAGAAUAUAAUAUGUAAAUAAAGUUUUUGUCUUAUUUUAAACAACCAUUUGUGAUUAACCUUUUACCCCAUGUAGUGAUUUGAUGUGCAAUCUGUUUUUGAAUAAAGAUAUUGAUAUGUUUA